AUGGCGACAAAAGCGGCUUUCAAACGGCUCACUCGCGAGUACCAAAGCAUUCAAAAGAACCCCCCGCCCUUUAUCGUGGCACACCCGUCGGAAACCAACAUUCUUGAAUGGCAUUACAUCCUGACCGGUCCUCCAGGGACUCCCUACGAGAAUGGACAAUAUUGGGGCACUUUGAUUUUCCCCCCCAGAAUACCCUUUCGCCCCUCCUGCGAUUCUGGCCGAUUCCAACCAUCCACUCGCCUCUGUCUCAGCAUUUCCGACUUCCACCCCAAGUCAUUCAACCCCGCAUGGGAGGUUUCCACAAUCCUUAUCGGACUACUAUCAUUCAUGACAAGCGAAGAGAUGACCACGGGGAGUGUCAGCGCAUCAGAAGGCGAACGCCGAGUACUUGCCGCCCGAUCGCGAUGGUGGAACUCGACCGGUGGAGGCUCACACGCCAACGCUACUCCAGGUGUCGCCCGCACAACCAAGGGUAUCAACAAUGUCAAGGCAGGUGAUGGGGGCUUAAAGUUCCGGACUGAAUGGCCAGAGCUGGAUCAGGAGAAUUGGACAUGGAUGAAGGAGCACCGCAUCGACACCGCCACCGGCCAAAUCCUGCCCGAUCCCAACGCCCCAAUCAAGUGUUCCCCGGAGACCAGUGCUCUCCGUCGGCGACCAAAUGGAAGUGGCCCGGGAUUCGGGGCAGUCAUGGAAGGCGGCCAUGUGGCACGGGAAGCCGGGCAAAGUUGGGUGCGACGGAAUCGUGUUUGGGUUGGUCUGGCCGUGCUCUUUGGCUAUGCGUUACUUUCACGACUUGUCAGCGACAUGCGGGGAUGA